GAGCCGCGGCGGCUGCUGCGGCUGCUGCUGCUGCUUUUUUUUCUUCCCUCCCGCCUAAUUCGGGUGGGUGGCCCAGCGGGUUCUGACGCGCAGGCUCCGGAGGUGCUGUUGCUUGUCUUCUCACCCGUCUACCGCUCCUCCUCCUCGGGAAAAAGACCGCCCGGAGGUCUGGUGGAGGAGCUCUGGAGAGCGCAGAAUUUGGAAUCGAGUGGAUUUUUCUGACAUAUUUGAUCAUACGACCCAGGAGUACUUGGAGAGAAAACUGGUUCCAGACCAGCUGGACUGACCCUAAAAAUGAGUCCUGCAGAUACCCUUGAUGAUGAAAAUACCUUUAAAAUCUUAGUUGCAACAGAUAUUCAUCUGGGAUUUAUGGAGAAAGAUGCAGUCAGAGGAAAUGAUACGUAUGUAACACUGGAUGAGAUUUUAAGACUUGCCCAAGAAAAUGAAGUGGAUUUUAUUUUGUUAGGUGGUGAUCUUUUUCAUGAAAAUAAGCCCUCAAGAAAAACAUUACAUACCUGCCUCGAGUUAUUAAGAAAAUAUUGCAUGGGUGAUCGUCCUGUACAGUUUGAAAUUCUCAGCGAUCAGUCAGUCAACUUUGGUUUUAGUAAGUUUCCGUGGGUGAACUACCAAGAUGGCAAUCUCAACAUUUCGAUUCCAGUGUUUAGUAUUCAUGGCAAUCAUGAUGAUCCGACAGGGGCAGAUGCACUCUGCGCCCUGGAUGUUUUAAGUUGUGCUGGAUUUGUAAAUCACUUUGGACGUUCAAUGUCUGUGGAGAAGAUAGACAUCAGUCCAGUUUUACUCCAAAAAGGAAGCACAAAAAUUGCUCUAUAUGGCUUAGGGUCCAUUCCAGAUGAGAGGCUCUAUCGAAUGUUUGUCAAUAAAAAAGUAACAAUGUUGAGACCAAAAGAAGAUGAGAACUCUUGGUUUAACUUAUUUGUGAUUCAUCAGAACAGGAGUAAACACGGAAAUACUAACUUCAUUCCAGAACAAUUUUUGGAUGACUUCAUUGAUCUUGUUAUCUGGGGCCAUGAACAUGAGUGUAAAAUAGCUCCAACCAAAAAUGAGCAACAACUCUUUUAUGUAUCCCAACCUGGAAGUUCAGUGGUUACUUCUCUUUCCCCAGGAGAAACUGUAAAGAAACACGUCGGUUUGCUGCGUAUCAAAGGAAGGAAAAUGAAUAUGCAGAAAAUCCCUCUUAACACAGUUCGGCAGUUUUUCAUGGAGGAUGUUGUUCUGGCUGACCAUCCAGAGAUUUUUAACCCAGAUAAUCCCAAAGUAACCCAGGCCAUUCAGAGCUUCUGUUUGGAGAAGAUUAAAGAAAUGCUUGAAAAUGCUGAACGAGAACGUCUGGGAAAUUCUCAACAGCCAGAGAAGCCUCUUAUACGACUGCGAGUGGACUAUAGUGGAGGUUUUGAGCCUUUCAGUGUUCUUCGCUUUAGCCAGAAAUUUGUGGAUCGGGUAGCUAAUCCAAAAGAUGUUAUCCAUUUUUUCAGGCAUAGAGAACAAAAGGAGAAGACAGGAGAAGAGAUCAACUUUGGGAAGCUCAUUACAAAACCUUCAGAAGGAACAACCCUAAGAGUAGAAGACCUUGUAAAACAGUAUUUUCAAACUGCAGAAAAGAAUGUACAGCUCUCACUUCUAACAGAAAGGGGAAUGGGUGAAGCAGUACAGGAAUUUGUGGACAAGGAAGAAAAAGAUGCCAUAGAGGAGUUAGUGAAAUACCAGUUGGAAAAAACACAACGAUUUCUUAAAGAACGUCAUAUUGAUGCCCUAGAAGAGAAAAUCGAUGAAGAGGUACGCCGUUUCAGAGAAAGCAGACAAAAAAACACUAAUGAAGAAGAUGAUGAAGUUCGAGAGGCUAUGACGAGGGCCAGAGCCCUCAGAUUUCAAUCUGAGGACUCUGCUUCUGCCUUUAGUGCUGAGGACCUUAUGAGUAUAGAUUUGGCAGAACAGAUGGUUGAUGACUCUGAUGAGGACACCUCAGCAGCAACCAGUAGAGGAAGAGGCCGGGGCCGAGGCCGACGAGGAGGAAGAGGGCAGAAUUCAGCCUUGAGAGGAGGGUCUCAGAGAGGAAGAGUAGGCACUGGUCUGGAGACUUCUACUCGAGGCAGAAGUUCAAAGGCCACUACGUCAACAUCUAGAAACAUGUCUAUUAUAGAUGCCUUUAAAUCUACAAGACAGCAGCCGUCCCGAAAUGUUGCUACUAAGAAUUAUUCAGAGGUGAUUGAGGUGGAUGAGUCAGAUGUGGAAGAAGACAUUUUUCCUACCACUUCAAAAACAGAACAAAGGUGGUCGAGCACAUCAUCAAGCAAGCGCAUGUCCCAGAGCCAAAUAGCUAAAGGGGUCGAUUUUGAAUCGGAUGAGCAUAUGACUCAGACCUUUCAUUUGGAGCUUCACCUGUUGCUGUCAUGUUCCUGUAUCCCAGCUGCGUUUUGAGCCAGCUUUAGGAGAAGACCCACCAGCAGUUCAGGCUACAGAGAAAAAUGGCAGCAUGAGCUCCGUCUACCUGUGAAAUACUACCAUGUUGCCUCUGGGAGGAAAGCAAGUGGCUGUGUACUCAUUGUUCAUUCUAAAGCAUCUAGACAGACAUGUUAAUAUGUUACAGUUAGAGAUUUGUAUAUAGUUCAUGUUAACUACAAGGAAAAACUAUUAGCAAAUUAUUAUGCCAAAGUUUGGAUUUAUCUCUGAUUUAUUAAUAAGUUCUGCCUUUGUUAAUAGCAGAAAAUGAAUUACUAAAUGUGAUUUGUAUUUUUUAAGGACUCCAUUUCUCACUAGAGAUAGCUAACUUAGCUAACGUUUGAAUGUGUUGAUUCCAUCAACAAAGCCUAACACCAAAUAAUUAUCCCUUUUUAUUAGUAUCUUAAACAUAAAUCAAAAAUUUACAAGCAAAUUUGCUUUCUUCUAAAUGUUUAGCUAGAGAAUACAUAAGAAUCAUUUUAUCCUUAUUAAAUGUUAUAAUUUGGGCUUAUCUGAAGUUUGUUGGUUUUCCUUCUCUUUAACUAAAUUGUUAGUACUGGUAUUUGAUAUUCCUGUCUGCUCUUAAUAUGCAUAUAAUCUUCAGCCUCAUUCCAGCACGGGAACUUUCAUACUACUUCUUUUUCCACAAAGAUAUUUGAAAGAUUGAUUUGUUAGGUGGUUUUUUGCAGCAGUCCGAGAGUAGCUGUCUACUGCUAGCAUGAAAUGGGUAAUGGGAAAUAAAAAUUACAGCUAUUUCUGAGUUAGGUCAUGUGAUUUCAUUAUUUAAGGGGGUGAGUUUCCAGAACAUUAGGUAACACCAGUAAUAAAAUGUAACUGGAAAAAAACCUAUUCAAAAAGCAGAGGGACAUCUGGUUGGCUAAGUGGUUGAGCAUCUGCCUUUGGCUCAGUGAUCCCGAGGUCCUAGGGUGGAGUCCUGCAUCAGGCUCCACACAGGGAGCCUGCUUCUCCCUCUGUCUGUAUCUCUGCCUCUUUCUGUGUCUCUCAUGAAUAAAUAAAUGAAAUCUUUAAAAAAACACACACACAAAAAAAAAAAAAAAACAAAAAGCAAACAGAAAUGACUUAAAGAAUAUUAAUUUUCCUGGUUUAGCCACACCUUAUUUGCCUUUAUUAAAGUUAAUAAUUAAGAGAAAUGUAUAUGGUAUAUAUUGUAGGGCUACACACACACACACACACAGAUAUAUAUAUCUCACAGUUAUUUUCAGUGCUUGCUAAGAAUUUUAUUGACUUAUUUAACAGGGAAAUAGCUACCAGAGAAGAGAGGAAAAGAUAAAUGAACAAACUAUUCAUAUUUAUAACGGAAAUAGAAAAAUGAAUGUCUGCCUCAUGUGAAAGGAGGAAAUGGCUUUUACUGGUAUUAUUGUUUACCCAUGUCUGUCUUGUCUGAGUGAAGCGUGGAACAAUCACUCACAUAAAUUUGUAUGUGA